UAUCUCAGCUUUAUUCCUGGUCUACGCAUUUGUCUGUGGAUUUCAGGCCUCCCAGAUGGUCAAAAUCUUUUUGACACCGUCCUAGGCUCUACUAAUCAUUGUUUCAUCUCUACCAUUUGGUAAAUUCGGGUAGACAUUUAUUACUAUUUAAAUCUCUGGCUCAGCUAAGCUUAUUAGAGAUUCAUACCUGAGAGUAAUUCACAAAUUACAGAGAGGGGUCUGUGUCCUAACUCUUUUUGGGGGUUCAUUAGUUGAUAUGAUUUUUUCGCGAAUAGAAUAAUAAAAGUUUUUGAUUUAAAUUGUGUAUGUUUUUCAAUCGAUUUUUCUUAAGAGUUGGAAGGCUAUGGAUCUACUGAAGCUAUGAUGUUGAAUGACAGUGAGCAUAGCUGAGAGUCAUUCACAAAUUAGAGAGAGUGGGGUCUGUGUUUAAAUUUUUUAGGGUUUGUCAAUAUUAGUUGGUAUAAGACUUUUGCAAUUCAUAGAAUAGAACAAUACAAAUUUAAUAGAACAAUACAAAUUUUUGAUUUAAACUGUGUAUAUUUUUCAAUCAAUUUUUUUAGUCACAAGAAAGAGCCAUUUUCUGCAUUUAAAUGGUUAGGAGGUCUUAAACAUGGGCAGUAGAAUGCUUCUAGAUGGUGCCAUUUCCAGCUAUGCGUCUCCUGCAGCUAUGGGGUCAAAUGAGAGUGAGCAGGCGGAGAUCAAUCCAUAUAUGAGUGAAGAUGCACUGGUUGUCCUGAUUGCUUUUCUGUGUGCACUCAUAACGAUUUUGGGUUUUAUUUCGAUCGUGCCCUGGCAUUACAUUUUGAGGUCGCAUGAGGAGUACAGAGCUGCCAAGUUAGCUAACACCGGAUUGAAGAAGAAGUCCAUAAAAGCACUUCCAUCUGAAGUAUACAGAAGAGAAAGAUCAGAGGCGGUUGUGACAGAGUGCCCUAUUUGCUUGGUUGAGUUUAUGGAGGGUGAGAAAUUAAGAGUGCUGCCCAAAUGCAAGCACAGCUUUCAUAUGGAAUGCGUGGAUAAAUGGCUUGCCUCACACAGCUCAUGUCCCACUUGUAGGUAUUCUCUUCUCCGGGGUUCGCAACACACCACAAUCCAAAUGCAAGGGAUAUCAAGAGCAGAAUCAGAUCAGGGUGUUGUUACUCUCUGAUUUGAUGCCGAUGAUGCAAGUGACAUUGAAUCUAUCUGAUGGAUUUGGUUGGGAAGAGCUAAUAAAACAGAUGCAAAUUAUUCUCUUGAUUUUUAUUGAAGAAAGCUGUUAACUGUAAUGACUGUGUAAGCCCCAAGUGGGUGCUUUGGGAAUCCAUGUGUGUCCCAAAGUUGUUCCAUCGCCAUUUGAAAGGGCGCUACUGUAGUUCAAACCCCACCUGGCUUCUUUUCUAGUCAACAAGUCUUUGGCAUCACUAACUUUACUGAAGUCAAAAUUGGAGCAUAAAGUUGUCCUUUCAUUAAUGGACAGGUUCGAGGGCUUACAUUUCUUAGUUUAAUCUCUUAAAUCAGAUCAACCGUUAUAAAGAGCAUAAUCUACCCAUUAUAGGAAGAAAUACAUAAUGAUCUCCUAUAAAUACAUAAUGAUCUUUUUAAUAUCUAUACAAUGGCUUUGCCCUAA